CCACGAACCGGUCUUGUCAGUGUUGUCCCGGGACGUAGUGAAGAAGCAUCGCGUACCAACGCGCUCUUUCGCUCUUUCGUUCGCUUCCUGCGCGAUCGCGUGCACUUUUGGAGAUUCCAAAAGCGCGCUCGGGCUUUGGGGUUAGUGCUCGAUGGGAACGUCUUCUGCCCGACGCCGUGGCAGUAGCAUCGCAGUUCCUAACCGGCAGGCUACCGUGGGCAGUGUGGUGCGAUGGUCGGUGGCAGGAUUUCUGGUGACUUGUGCAAUACUGGUGCUAGUGCUACCAUGGCCCCUGCCCUACGAACAGCCGAUCGAGCAGAUCAUGCAGGACCGUGCGCAACAUCUGCUGGAACAGUGUGAAACGAUCCGUGCGCUCGGCAAUCUGACCACGCCGAAUCCGCGCACGGCCCGGCCCAACUAUCUGUACUUCAACUAUUUCUACCAACCGCAGCACCAGCUACUGUGGUGUUCCAUCAGCAAGGUUGCCUCCAGCAGCUGGAUGUAUCAGUUCAACCGGUGGGCGGGCGUGCCGCGCGCAAAGAUCGACAGCGUGGCCCACGACAUGAAGGGGCUGACGCGCAUGUACUAUCCCGUCCCGACACGUGCCGACGUGGAGCGGAUGAAGCAGAACGUGGAACCACCGGUGGUGACGCGGUUUCUGCUCGUGCGUGAUCCGUUCGAUCGGUUCGUGAGCGCGUACGAAGAUCUGAUCGUUCGACCGCAGAGCGAUAACUAUCGCAACCUGCGGCGGUUCAUCUUUCGGGAAGUUUAUGGGGCGGAUACACCCCCAGGCAGUAACAACGAGAAUGACACCUCCGGUGACGACCAGCCCGUGCCGAGCUUUAGCGACUUCACCGAGUUCGUACUGCGGCGCCCGAACGUGCUGGAUCCACACUGGAACACUUACUACAAUCUGUGCGAUCCCUGCUUUCUCGAGCCGACCGUCAUCGUCAAGCUGGAAACGUACGAUCGGGACGUGGCGCACAUUCUCCGGCUGGCGAACGUGUCGAGCGACGCGGAUAAUUAUGAUAAUGCUGCCGCCCAGUUCGAGGGAUACCGGCUGAAUGUUAAUCAUCAUCGAGGCGGCCCCGGUGACAACGGUCGUGCACAACGGAAUUCCACCUCCACGGUGGAUCGACUGGCGGAACUGACGGAGGACCAGUUCGAGCGGCUGUACCGGCGGUACGAGCUAGAUUUUCGAUUGUUUCAGUACGACGCCAGUCAUUACUUUGCACUGUACAGGACUGAUUAAGAAGCGGCAGCAUUAACGCCAGUCAGAAACUGUGAUGUUUUUAUGUGUGUGGUUAGCUUAUCUGGUAGCUUUAUCUUAUUAGACUUUUCUGUGGAAUAAAUUAAACUGUGGACAAAAAAGCGGCCCCAGUCAUUUAC